GGCGCUGGCUGCGGCAAGCUGCCGCAAGCUGCUGCCUGAUGCUGACACCUUGGCUGCCGCUGAGUGCUCUAAGGGAGCGAUGCGCUCAGAAAUCGAGCGCUGCGACUGUGCUGAAGGCCAGAUGCUGCGUGUUGCUGCGUAGCGGCUGCCAAAAGGCACAGGCCAAUGAAAUCAGCUAGCGGCAUGUGACACACUAGCCCCAAGAAUCGCGCUUUUGGCUUUUGCUCGCGCGCUAGCAGGUUGAGGCGCACGCAGUGCAGCAUACACCCUCAAGAAUCUCCUUUGACGCCAACAAAGCGGCAGCGAGUCACUUCUCGCCCUCCCGGCGCCGUAUUAGAGUUGGGCCAGCCAGAGCACCGCCCCGCGCGCUCUGGGUUGACGGCUUUUGCGGCACGUUUUUGCGGCACAAAUGAAGGUGAGGAUACCCCCCAGCGGUGUUGUCCUUGUCCUAUGCGUGAUCAGCUGCAGCGUCGGCUUUUUGCCGCACGUCCCGGCGCGGGCACGCUCGCCAUCCACAGCCAGGAUAGAACUUUACAGCGAGGCGCAAGCGAGUGGCAGGCCAGACGCGCCGGCGCCUCCGCUUGAGCUCUACGCCGCGCCGCGCGCCGAGCGGGGCGUCGAGCCGCUCUACGCCGCGCCGCGCGCCGAGCGCCGCGGCGAGCGGAAGACGACGCUCGAGGGCGACUCGCGCGUCGUCACGCUCGAGAAGGAGGACCCCUUCUCGAGCCCCCAGCUCCAGCUGGAAAAGUCGACGGGCAUGGAGGACAUGCUGAGGGAGCUGCGCGAGAUCCAGGGGUCCGCCAAUAGGACUUAUUGUAUUCUGGGCACGCGGCAUUGCUCGUACCUGCACCAGCAGAUCAUCGAGUUGCUGAGCUACGCCUUGGUGCUGUCGGGGAACCACGUCUACACGUCGGGCGCCGCCGGCACGAACGCCGCGGCGAUCCGCGGCGCGCUGCGCGCGAACUCCACGGAGCUACUAACGGUAAUCCUGCCGCAGUCGCGGAGCAAGCAGACGGAGGACUGCCAGGAGCUGAUCGCGGAGGUGACGCAGGUCGUCCAGAUGCCCGAGAACGACGCGCUAUCUCUGGACGUGGCCUCGAAGCGCUGCAACCGGAGAUUGGUGAAGGAGACGGAGCACCUCAUCGCCUUCGCGUACCACGACUCGAAGACGGUCGUGCGGACGACCGUCGAGGCCAAGGAGAUGGACAAGCUCGUGACGGUCAUGUACCUGGACUAGUCCCUCGUACCUCGCGCGCGCGGCGGCGCGGGGUGGUAAGAAGUCUUUGUAGUA